GUCUGAUUUUGCAAUUUGAUGUUAAACAUUUUUAUAUAGUCCACUAACUAUGAGUGCACAGGAUUUAACUGAAGAUCAACUCCAUGAUAAGCUAAUAUCUGAAUGGGAAAAGAGGAGAUAUGUUCCUAAACAUGGAGAUCCAGCUUUACCGCCUCAAUUAUCAGAAUUACAUGAUAAGUCAACUGAAGAUGUUAUGAAAGAAUUAAAUAGACUUCCAUUUUUUAUGACUGAGUUGGAUGAAACUGAUGGAGAAGGGGGAGAAAAUGAGACUCUUGAAGCGUUAAGAACUUUAGUGUAUGAUGGUGAACCUCAUGAAAUAGCUACUAAUUUUAAGAAUCAAGGUAAUGAUGCCUAUAAAGGUAAACAAUAUAAAGUUGCUAUUGAAUAUUAUACAAAGGGUUUAGAAGUUGAAUGUGAUGAUAAAUCCAUAAAUACUGCCUUAUUACUGAAUCGAGCUGCUUGUAACCUUGAAUUAAAGAAUUAUAGAAAAUGUAUAGAGGAUUGUAAGAAAGUACUUUCAAUAGAUGAAAGUAACAUUAAGGCAUGUUAUAGAGCAGGAAGAGCUUUCUUUGCCGUAGAAAGAUACGAAGAAGCUCAACAAAUCCUUGAAUAUGGUUUAACUGUUGAUCCUUCUAAUAAGGAUGUUAAAGCUGUUUUAGAUAAAGUAGUUGCUAAACAGAAACUGAUUGAAGAAGCCCGAUUAAAGAAGGAAAGAGAAUUAGAACAUAAGAAAAUGGUUCAACUGAUCCUCGAUAAUUCUAUUAAAUUAAGACAUUAUACCAUUAUAAAAUCUUCAGCUCCUGCUGAUUUAUUGGAGGAUGCUAAAAUACGAUUGGAAGAUGAAAAAGAUUAUGAAUCUCAAUUAAUUUUCCCAGCAAUGAUUUUAUAUCCAACCACAGAUGAAUUUGAUUUCAUUGCAGAAGUAGGGGAAUUAACCAGUCCAUUAGAAAUUUUAGAAAUGGUUUUAAAUAGACCUCGUGAAUGGUUUGAAGAUCCAAAACAUAAGGAUUUCACUGUCAAAAAGUUAGAAUGUUAUAUGGAAACUGAAACUGGUGGUCUUAUUAAAGUUGGUAAAAAGAUUUCCAUUAAUAACGCAUUAAUGAAUGAGAAACCAAAAGCUCCAUUAUUCGAUAAUGGUUUAAGAUUGUACGUAGUUCCAAAGACUCAAUCUGCUGAUUGGCUUUCAAAGUGGUCUAAGGAAGCUGCUUUAGCUAAACGUCAAAUGUAAAUACUUUUAUAUACU